AUGAGUGCUCCUGUCGAACAAUUGAAUAUUUUUGACGUAUGGAACUAUCUGGAACGGGAGCCUGUAAUGCUUCAUGCAUUACAGAGAUAUAUGAACGAGAGAAUGAGGGAGGCGGAGAGGAGGUUGGAGGAGCUCGAAGAGCGAAACGCUCAGGAAGAAAUGGACGAGGAGUCGAUACCUCAGGAGGCAGGAUUCAGCGAAGAUGGGGCAGAGUGGGCUCCUCUGCCCGAUUAUGAGGACCAAGAAUAUUGGCCAUCCGGAGCAGAGUGGUCCCCUCUGCCGGAUGAUGAAAGUGAAGAGCCCGAGGUAUCGGCGACACCAAUGGUGGCGAGUGGCAAUGAAGGGCCGGAAGAGGCUGUUCGGGAACUCGUCCUAAGGUCAAGGACGAUCACAAUUCCGGUCUUAGCCAUGCAGGGAACGUCGGCCGCGGCAGCACCGGAAGAAUUUUGCCCCGCAGAUUUAGGGGAUCUUCCGGAGCAAUUUCGGAAGGAGUUGCAGGUGCCGCGGGCAGAACCAUACACGGUGGCUCGAGGAGAAGGAAACAAUAGCAUCGUGUGUGGUAUCUGCGACAGGCAGUUUGAAACGAUCAAAGGGUGGCGCAUUCAUGCUUCGAGAAUGCACAAGCAAGACGGUUUUUGUGUCCGCUGUGGACACUAUCUCUUGCUGCCACCCGAUUUUACGGCUGCACAGAAGACGGCAGCAUUGGAGCUGCAUGGCCUCGAUUGGUGUCCGAGGUCAAGUGCAGCCGUAAUCAACGAGAGACAGGUGAAACGUCGUCGAUUACAGCUUGUGGGGCGAGAAGAGGAUUCGCAACACCUCUUCAUUCCAG